AUGAAGAGUUGGCUUUUCCUAUCCAUCGUGACGUUGGUGAGCGCAGGAGAGCAACUCUCCACUUCCAACGAAUUAUACAAGAACCCUACUGUCCAUAUUCUCGAGCAACCCCAGCAGGUUCAAAGCGGGGCCCAGCUGGUAUUUUUUAAUACCCAAGACUCUGUGGCACAAAAUGGAUCAUAUUCGUCUCAGGAAGCUCACUCUAAACCCAUAAAAAAUCAAGAUUUCAAUUUAACUAACUUAUCCGUAAACGUUUCGUCUUUAGGAGUGUAUGAAUCUUUGGAAAAACCAACAGCAAGGAACACAUCGUACUAUGGAGCAUACCACUCUCCUGUCACAAACUACGGAUUGUCUGUUAAUACGAAUAAUUCUUACCCUACAAAGUAUUCCGAUACGACAUACAGUUCACAUUCAAUAAAUUCCUCUAAACCCGUAUCAAACUUUAAUUCAAACUUUAAAACUCAUUCGAAUCUGGUUAAAAAACAUACCUUAGUGUCCGGUUUUACACCAUACAAUUAUAGGUACGAUGCGCCCAGUGAGUUAGAAAAAACCUACGGUUCCUUUCCUAAUGCUUUAUAUUCAUACGUGUCAAGACCUACAACGUAUUUUUCACACAGUAUUAAAGACAUACCAGAACCAUACUCUGGAAAAGUUACAACAUAUGAAUCUCCCUCUGUAGUAUUUUCUACUCCCUCACAAACCCAUGGGCCAUCUUUUCAAUACUCGAAACCAGUAAUUACAGAUUUUCAAUCUAAUAUAUUUACGAAUUCCGCAGAUUCUUCAUCUUUUCCUAAAACCUACUUAAACACUGUGUCGGAUUCAUCACGUCUAACAACAUUUUCCUCACCUGCAACACCUGUAUCAUACUUUAAAACAUAUUCGACACCAGCUACACCAACAUCCUAUUUUACAACAUCAACCUCGCCAACGACAGCAUCUAAUCUUAAGACGUACUCCAUUUCAUCUACACCCGCAAAUAUUUAUACUGUUUUAUCGACACCCUCCUCUUCAACGACAUAUUUGAAGCAAAAUACUCCCUCUGAAGUGUUUUUUGCUCCCACAGAAAAUCAAGGAUCAUCUUUUCAUUACUCGAAACCAGUCAUUACAGAUUUUCAAUCCAAUAUAUUCUUGAAGUCCGCAGAUUACACGUCUUUCCCUAAAGCCUACUUUAGGACUGUAUCGGCUUCUCCAUACCCAACAGCGUUCUCCACACCUGCAACACCCGUUUCAUACUUUAAAACGUACUCGACACCAGCUACACCAACAUCCCACUUUAAAGCAACAUCAACGUCGCCUGAAACACCUGCACCUACACUUAAUCUUAACAAGUACUCCAUUUUAUCUACACCCGCAUCGUUUACUACUGUUUACUCGACACCCUCACCUCCAACGUCAUAUUUUGAGUAUACUACACCAGCACCACCUGUUUCAUACUAUACAACGUCCAAGCCUGAAGUGUCACUCCCCACUUCAUACUCUACAGUUACAACAGGCCAGGAUUAUUCUUCUAGUACAUCACAACCAGUUACACUAAGAAAAAUUGCUUCUGUAACGGUGCUUAACCCCGAAACAACGUACAGAUCUGCAUCAUCAUCCACUGACAUAAAUGCAACGUCAUCAACACCGGUGAUGGAAUCUACAACAUACUCCACACUCAAUGCAGCAAAUUAUUCCGACUACGCUACUUAUUCUAAGCCCAUUGUAUUACACAGUUCAUCUUCCAGAACAUAUUCCGUGCCUUUAUCAUCUUUUAGUUUACUAUCUCGUACGAACUCCAUACCUGUUACUCACGUUACUCGUCUUUCGGGGUAUUCAACAACCGAAACACCAAUAUCUGACAAAACGGUGUACUCAACACCUGUGCCUAUUUCAUAUUCAACCGUGUACUCAACACCAGUGUCGCAUGUCACACCUGUAAAUACGCACUUCUUGAAUCCUACAGCCUACUCAAAAAUUGUAGAUAAUCAAGUGGCCUCGAGGCCAGUAUAUUCUGUACCUGUAUCAUCAUAUGAAUCUUCUUCAUUUAAUGCUGGACCUAGUAUAUAUUAUGGGUCUUCUCCAAUUUACAGUAUUUACCCACCAUCAUCUUACGCGUACACCGUACAAAGAGCACCGGUAACCAAAGAAUACCACACACUGGAAACACCGAUAGAUACAGAACACUCUUUGAAAACAAUUGAUACAUGGAAUGUAUUACCCGAACAACAUUUCAUUAAUGCUUAA